GUCGUCGUCUUACGAAGAAGAAGAGACAUAAAACUAGACACAUUGUGAAGAUAGAAAAAUGGAGAGAGCUGCGAUUCUCCCGAGUGUGAAUCAAAAUUACCUACUUUGCCCUUCACGCGCCUUCUCCACGCGCCGCCACUCUUUCUCCUCUACUCGUAACUUCUCGCCGCCGUCAUUUUCCUCCAUCAAGCUUCAACAUUCUUCUUCGUCUUCUUCCUCUGUUUCUUCCAAUGUCAUCAAUGGUGGAAUCUCCCUUACUCGAUGCAACGCUGUUUUGUCGAAUUCUUCCAGUACGGAGGUGUCUGAAUUAGCUGACAUAGAUUGGGAUAACAUUGGAUUUGGGCUUAAGCCGACUGAUUACAUGUAUGUGAUGAAAUGUAACAUCGAUGGAGAUUUCUCAAAAGGUGAAUUGCAACGUUUUGGGAACAUUGAAGUUAGCCCAUCUGCUGGUGUACUUAACUAUGGACAGGGAUUGUUUGAAGGGCUAAAAGCUUACAGAAAGGAAGAUGGUAAUAACAUCCUCCUCUUUCGUCCUGAGGAGAAUGCAAACCGUAUGAGAAAUGGUGCUGAGAGGAUGUGUAUGCCUGCUCCAACCGUUGAGCAGUUUGUUGAAGCUGUGAAAGAAACUGUAUUAGCAAACAAACGUUGGGUUCCGCCUCCAGGUAAAGGUUCCUUAUAUGUUAGACCGUUGUUAAUGGGAACAGGAGCUGUUCUUGGUCUUGCGCCUGCACCAGAAUAUACUUUCAUUAUCUAUGUUUCGCCUGUCGGGAACUACUUUAAGGAAGGUGUGGCACCGAUCAAUUUGAUUGUGGAAAAUGAAUUUCACCGUGCAACUCCUGGUGGUACUGGAGGUGUUAAAACCAUCGGCAAUUAUGCUGCAGUACUGAAGGCACAGUCGAUUGCGAAAGCCAAAGGAUAUUCCGAUGUUUUGUACCUUGAUUGCGUUUACAAAAGAUUUCUUGAGGAGGUCUCGUCCUGCAAUAUUUUCAUCGUGAAGGACAAUGUGAUCUCUACUCCUGAAAUAAAAGGAACCAUUUUACCUGGGAUCACACGGAAAAGUAUAAUAGACGUGGCUCGAACCCAAGGGUUUCAGGUGGAGGAACGGAAUGUGACAGUGGAUGAAUUAUUAGAAGCGGAUGAGGUUUUCUGCACAGGAACCGCCGUGGUUGUCUCUCCCGUUGGAAGCGUUACUUACAAAGGCAAAAGAGUGUCUUAUGGAGAAGGUACCUUCGGAACUGUCUCGAAGCAACUCUACACUGUUCUGACAAGCUUGCAGAUGGGUCUGAUUGAAGACAACAUGAAUUGGACUGUGAAUCUGAGUUAAGCCAGGCAAAUGCAUUUCAUCAAUUCGGCUUCUUGGUUUUGCUUUCCAUUUUCUUUGGUAGUUUGGUCUGUGAUUCUGAUUCGUGAAACUAUAAGUUGGAUUGUUUAGAAUCUGGUCGAUCUAGAACUUAGCUGGUUCAAUAUCAGUAGAUGUUGUUACAUCAUACCAAUAAUAUUAUCUUUACAUC